UUAGCCAAUCCGGCCGGAAGAGGAAGACCUGGGAUAGUGCCUGCGCCUCUCGCUGCCAGCUUUGGGUGGCGCUACGUGGGGUCAGCUGGUGCCGGCCGCGGUCCUUGCUCGCUCGCUUGUUCCACGGGAAGCCCCUGGUGUGCCGUCCCCGAGGCCAUGGGGCGGCAGUGGGGGCCAGUCAUGAGGGCGGCCGAGCAGGCGGGCUGCGUGGUGAGCGCCACCCGGGCCGGGCAGCCCGAGGCGGGCUCGUGGAGCUGCAGCGGGGUGAUCCUGAGCCGCCGCCUGGGCCUGGUGCUGUGCCACGGGGGCAUCUUCACCCCCUUCCUGAGGGCCGGCAGCGGGGCGCUGACCGCGGCCGGCGCCGCCUUCCUGCCCGGCGACAGUUGCGGCGACGACCUGCGCCUGCACGUGCAGUGGGGCCCAACGGCCGCGAGUCCGGCAGGCCGCGCGGAGCGGGGCCGCCCGGGGCUGUGCACGCCCCAGUGCGCCGGCCUGGAGCCCGGCCCGCCCGCCCGGUUCCGCGGGCGGCUGCUGCAGCCCCCGCGCCCCGCCGAGCUGCUGCUGCUGUUGAGCUGCCCGGCCUUCCGGGGCCACUUCGCGCGCCUCUUCGGCGGCGAGACGGCCAAGCAGUGGAGCUUCGCGAGCGCCGCACCGGACGACGAGGUGUCGGAGGAGGAGGAGGAAGACCAGCUGAGAGCGCUGGGCUGGUUCGCUCUGCUGCGCGUGCGGCCGGACCCGGAGAAGGAGGCGGAGGCGGAGGAGCGCGGACCGGUAUUGGCCGUGGCGCCUCUCGGGGCUGUGCCCAAGGGUGAGCCGCUGCUGGCCUGCGGCUCCCCGUUCGGGGCCUUUUGCCCCGACAUCUUUCUCAACACGCUCAGCUGCGGCGUGCUCAGCAACUCGGCCGGCCCGCUGCUGCUCACCGACGCGCGCUGCCUGCCAGGCACCGAGGGCGGCGGCGUGUUCGAGGCGCGGCCCGCGGGGGCGCUGGUGGCGCUGGUGGCGGCGCCCCUCUGCUGGAAGGCCCGCGAGUGGGUGGGCCUCACGCUGCUCUGCGCCGCCGCCCCUCUCCUCUGCGCCGCCCGAGCGGCCCUCUGCCGCCUGCACCCCGGCGCCGCCUCCCUGGCCGCCUUCCUACCGCAUGAGAUGGGCGCCCCGUGGGGCCUGCCUCUCCGAGACCCCGGACCCCCCUGGGCAGCUGCGGCCGUGCUGGUGGAGUGCGGUUCCGUUUGGGGCUCCGGAGUGGCCGUGGCACCCCGCCUCGUGGUGACCUGCCGGCAUGUGGCCCCUCGGGAGGCGGCCAAGGUCCUGGUGCGCUCCACCACCCCCAAGAGUGCCGUCAUCUGGGGACAUGUGGUAUUUGCCACCCAGGAGACAUCUCCCUAUGAUAUAGCAGUGGUGAGCCUGGAGGAGGACCUAGAUGGUGUCCCUGUACCUGUGCCCGCUGAGCGUUUCCAUGAAGGCGAGGCUGUCAGUGUGGUGGGCUUCGGUGUCUUUGGCCAGGCCUGCGGGCCCUCGGUGACCUCAGGCAUCCUGUCAGCUGUGGUGCAGGUGGAUGACACACCAGUGAUGCUUCAGACCACGUGUGCUGUGCAUGGUGGCUCCAGUGGGGGACCUCUCUUCUCCACCUGCUCCGGGGACCUCCUGGAAUUCCUAACCACACCCCUGUGAGAAACGAGUUUACCAGCUAGAGAACAGUGUUUGAGCAUGUACAGUUCUUUUUAUCUUUAGCCUUAAAGUGUCCAGUCAAAACGCUCUUUUCCAAAGUUUCUUAAAUUAGCUCCUUCCCCUUCCCCUUCAGUAUAGUUAUGUGAUUCAUUUGAAAUACAGUUAGGUACAUUUGUCCUAGUCUGCAUUCCAUUUUUCUCCCAUAUACUGGUUGACCUUUUAAAAGAUAUAUACAGAUAAGUGGACACAGAAAUAAACAUAGAUGUGUGUAUGCAUGACUUAGUGUGUGUAUGUGUUAUAUAUAUGUGACUCCUAGCUCAGUCUGCUGAGAGGGGCUAGAAGCAGUGACAUCCAUUUGUAAUGAACACAGCGAGAGUUCAGAUCUUGGUUUCUAAGAGUCAUUCUCUAGGGCUGCCUUGUGGUGCUGGAAAGGAGGGAGGGGUAACAACAACAGCAGCAGCAGCAGCAAAAUGAUGGGCACGUCAAAUGUUGAAAGAAUCAGGAGCUGAUGUGAAGGAGCUCCCACUGGAACAACUUGAGCAGCAAAACAAAUAGUAGUAGUUUUGGUUUUCAGAAGAAUUCCCAUUAAUGAAUGUAGAAGAAAUGAGGGAAGUAGAAAAUCACUUAUUAGGACACCCCAGUAGGAACUGCUGCCGACAGGAUCCAUCGAUGGAUGCCAGAAUCAGUAGGCAAAAGUUUAAGUAGAAACAAGAUAACUGCAUAAUCCUAAAAUAUUUCGUACUUACCAAGGGGGUAAUAGUAAGUCUACAGCGGAGAAACCUGGCAGAUACCACCCAAGUAAUGAAGGUUAACAUCGCAAGCAGUGCUUAUAGUCAGCACAGAUUUCCUCAUAGGAUGCACUGAAAAGGACACAUGGCUUCUAUGGUUUUCUUCUCAAUAAUGUAUAACCUCAAUCUUAUCAUGAGAAAGCAUCAGGUAAACCCAAAUUGAGGGACAUUCUACAGAAUAACUGACCU